AGUUCUGUGUGGUCGCAGCACAUAAGCAAAUCCAUUCUUGUGCCGUUUCUCGGAAAGGCUUUUCAGUAAAUGCACUCAUGCUGCUCCAGGAGCUCUUCUCUGCAACAAGCCGCCCAUCUGCCAUCAACAAGUUAAGACCAAGAGAACUAACGGCUGCGGAGAGAAGAGACUGAAGCUUUGAUGACCAGCAGCAGUUAGAGGAGGAGAAAAUUUGUAACUGAUACUGAAAAUCUAUUUAGAAGAUCAGAGCAUCAGAAAAAAUGAAACUAAUGCUUUCCAGAGGAAUAUCUUAAGGAAAAAACAACUCACUCUGACAAAGUCAAUUUUAGUAGGAAAGCUGGGGACACGGAACAGAAAACCGGUCAGAGGCUCCUGCACGUUAGAGCCUUUCACAGACUCACUGCGUUGAGUCUGACGACCUCGACUGAAUGCAGCCUCCAAUGUGCUCAGAAGAAUGGGCUUACAUUUCAAGUGGCCAUUAGGGGCCCCUAUGCUGGCAGCAAUAUAUGCAAUGAGUAUGGUUUUAAAAAUGCUGCCUGCCCUGGGUAUGGCGUGUCCACCCAAAUGCCGCUGCGAGAAGCUGCUAUUCUACUGCGACUCUCAGGGCUUCCACUCAGUGCCAAACGCCACAGACAAGGGUUCUCUGGGCCUGUCCCUGAGGCACAAUCACAUCACAGAGCUUGAAAGAGAUCAAUUUGUCAGCUUCAGUCAACUUACCUGGCUCCACUUAGAUCACAAUCAAAUUUCAACGGUAAAAGAAGAUGCUUUCCAAGGACUAUAUAAACUUAAGGAAUUAAUCUUAAGUUCCAACAAAAUAUUUUACUUGCCAAACACAACUUUUACCCAACUGAUUAACCUGCAAAAUUUGGACCUGUCUUUUAAUCAGCUGUCAUCUCUGCAUCCAGAACUCUUCUAUGGCCUUCGGAAGCUGCAGACCUUGCAUUUACGUUCCAACUCCCUGCGGACUAUCCCAGUACGCCUGUUCUGGGACUGUCGUAGUCUGGAGUUUCUGGAUUUGAGCACAAACCGUUUGCGAAGUUUGGCUCGCAAUGGAUUUGCAGGAUUAAUCAAACUGAGAGAGCUUCACCUAGAGCACAACCAGCUGACGAAGAUUAAUUUUGCUCAUUUCCUCCGGCUAAGCAAUCUGCACAUGCUCUUCUUACAAUGGAACAAAAUUAGCAACUUGACAUGUGGGAUGGAAUGGACCUGGAGCACUUUAGAAAAGCUAGACCUGACUGGAAAUGAAAUCAAAGCCAUUGACUUGACAGUAUUUGAAACGAUGCCUAAUCUUAAAAUACUCCUCAUGGAUAACAACAAGUUAAAUAGUCUUGAUUCCAAGAUCUUAAACUCCCUGAAAUCCCUCACAACCGUUGGCCUCUCUGGCAAUCUGUGGGAAUGCAGCCCACGAAUAUGUGCUCUUGCCUCCUGGCUGGGCAGUUUCCAAGGUCGGUGGGAACAUUCCAUCCUAUGUCACAGCCCUGACCACACCCAAGGAGAGGAUAUCCUAGAUGCAGUCCAUGGAUUUCAGCUCUGCUGGAACUUAUCCACCACUGUCACUCCCAUGGCUACAACUUACAGAGAUCCAACAACUGAAUAUACAAAAAGAAUAAGCUCAUCAAGUUACCAUCUCGGAGACAAAGAAAUCCCAACUACUGCAGGCAUAGCAGUUACUACAGAGGAACACUUUCCUGAACCAGACAAUGCCAUCUUUACUCAGCGGGUAAUUACAGGAACAAUGGCUUUAUUGUUUUCUUUCUUUUUUAUUAUUUUUAUAGUGUUCAUCUCCAGGAAGUGCUGCCCUCCUACUUUAAGAAGAAUUAGGCAAUGCUCAAUGAUUCAGAACCACAGGCAGCUCCGAUCCCAAACACGACUCCAUAUGUCAAACAUGUCAGACCAAGGACCGUAUAAUGAGUAUGAACCCACCCAUGAAGGACCCUUCAUCAUCAUUAAUGGUUAUGGACAGUGCAAGUGUCAGCAGCUGCCAUACAAAGAAUGUGAAGUAUAAUAUCUACACAUCAUCAAAAAUCACAUCAGAUAAGUAAUCUAUUUUACAUAGUAGGGGCUAAAUACAUAUCUAAUUUUUACCAAUGGUGACAUUAAGCCUAAUUUUCCAAACCAAGUGGAGACUUAGUUUUUGAAGUGUUGAAGUAUUUUUAAUUUUUUAAUGAAACCAUAUUUUAAGUGUUUAAUGAAGCAUUGCUCAUAUUAACUUGCACUCUUGUUGGAAAAUCUAAAAUGCUUCACAAUAAGACAUUUCAUGUAUGUAAUUAUGUACUAUUGUGUGCAAACAUUUACACUAAGGUCUCCAUUGGCUAUUAUUUUCUAAUGAAAAUAGUUGGGAAAGAAGCUAUUGAACAGAAACAGAUAUGGAUCCAUACCUGUUUGAUCACUGCUCUCCAUCUCACAUAACACACUGGCUUGCUGCAAAGUUCUCUUGUAUAACAUGGUAUGUACUCAAAUCUACAAUAAUGCCAGUGUAAGAAGCAGAAUUGUAUGUAUGCUAGAGACUGGUAAAUACUGAACACUUUUCUCCAGAUUUCUUCCUGGUUUAGUAGACAUUAUCAAAGUCCAAAUCAUGAAAUCAGCUGCCUUUAUGUAACUCUGAUAAGCUGAGACUAUUUAAUAUAUUUAAACAAUGAAUAAGAGAUUGUUUAAAAAAAAUCUCAUUACAAUGAAAUCAAUACUAAAUAAUUACAUUAACUUAUCAUACAUCUCUAAUUUGACACAUAAUGGAAAUGUUCUGUGGCAUUUAUACUAUUUUAAACUAGUAUUAAAUGACCAUUUUACUAAUUAAUUUACUAACUCAUAUUUACAUUUAUAUGUGGAAAAAAUUAAAACUUAUCUGGGAGAGAAAAGAUAAAACGAGCCAGUUUAACAAUAUUGCUCUCUUCCUUUCAGUUUGCAAACUCUCUUCCUUCCCAACCUAGUCAUGAUAGAUCAAAGACUGCCUUGACAAA